GGUCGUGCUAUAUAUACAUAUAUAUUUUUGCCAAUAUUUACAAUGCGUUGAACGGAACUUAUGACGGAGAUUAAUUUCCGUCGUUAUAUUACCGAGUAAUUCGUACGUCCUGAGGCGAUAUCUAAUCGGAACCUAGUCAUUUUCUAAGGUGUUCGACUAGUGACUCAUUAGAUCGCCAUCCAUAGCGAUCUUAUAUGUACAAUCUAAGCUAUAACUCUAAGGAACUGAAAAUUCCGGUUGAUUUUUGUGCUCAGUGAAGAUUGCCAAACGGAAGCAGCAUUGAACCUAUAUACUCCACAUACCAUAUACCAUAUAAGGCUGCCCAGGAGUCACACAAUACACAAAAAACCGGAACAUUAUUAAUUUACAAGCAAUAAAGCGAAACGAACAACAAAACGAAGAAAGGCAACGGAAAAAAGUGAACAAUGAGUGCAGGAGGAGUUGGCCGGAAUGGAUGGAGGAUGGAGAGGGAGUUGCAGGGGUCAGAAGCGGCUAACAAGCCACAAGAGUCGAGUAGUGCAAGUGUUAAGAGAAAUUGCAGCUGAGGAUGCGGGCUCUUCUGGCCACGAUCGCACAGCGACGCACACCAGCACAUCCAAUUGGCAACAGGCAGGCACACACAUUUUCACAACCAUGGCCAUAAUGGACCGUACCAUACCGUCCAACAUCUGUUGCCAGCAUCGCUAAGAGGUACAUAAGACCCGAAGAUACCCAGACACCAAUACAUGUGAACCAGUCUUGUCGGUAUGGUAUAUACUCUCUGGUUGUCCCGCUCUCACUUGUGUCUCUUUAAGGCAGCAUAAAAAUGAACACCAGAAACGAUCGUUGAGUGCCUUACCCAUACAAAUGAAGUUGAAAAUGAACUCGGGGCAUUCGUGUGUGUGUGUUUGUGUGUUUGUGAGCAGCUAAGGCCUAGGGUUCUUGAAAGCACCCUCGUACUCGUACUCGUAUUCGUAUUCGCUGCCGUACUCGUACUCGUACUCGUACUCGAACACUCUGCGCGCACGAUACUCCGCUCGGAAAUGUCAUUUGUCAAUCACAGUGCGAGCGCAACGGUUGUCCGAUCCGAGAGCUAACUGCCAGUUCAGCGGAAAACAGUUAACACCGACAGUUAGGACCUGCCGAUUCCGCCGAUUCAACUAUUUCGAUUUAGCCAGCUCUCUCUAAAUAAUACAACUAACCAAAUAAAAAAUUAAGAAGAAUACAAAUUAACAAACGUGCCGUCAAAACGUGUCAGUGUGCCAAAAGUGAAGUGCUAAAUAACCAAAAAGAAAAAAGAAAAAGAAAAACAACCGAAAUUCAAUCAAGAGAAACAGCAAACAGCGAGUCCAAAAAUAAAUAAUGGAUAACACCAGCUCUGUGCCGUGGGCCAGUGCCGCCAGUGUCACCUGUCUCUCCUUGGACGCCAAAUGCCACAGUUCCAGCUCUGAAACUAAAGCCGCGAGCUCCAUCUCCGCAACUCCAGAAUCGCAAACGAUGCGCCACAUUGCGCAUACGCAGCGUUGCAUCAGCAGGCUGACCUCUCUAAUGGCCCUUUUGCUGCUCGUUUUGCCAUUGUACUUCACCCCGGCCCAUAGCUGUGGUCCUGGCCGGGGACUGGGUCGUCAUAGGGCGCGCAACCUAUAUCCGCUGGUCCUUAAGCAGACCAUUCCCAAUCUCUCCGAAUACACGAACAGCGCCUCUGGACCUUUGGAGGGCGUGAUCCGUCGGGAUUCUCCUAAGUUCAAGGAUCUUGUGCCGAACUACAACAGGGACAUCCUUUUCCGCGACGAAGAGGGCACUGGAGCCGAUCGCUUUAUGAGCAAGCGCUGCAGGGAGAAGCUGAACGUGCUGGCCUACUCUGUGAUGAACGAAUGGCCCGGCAUCCGCCUGCUGGUCACCGAAAGCUGGGAUGAGGAUUACCAUCAUGGUCAGGAGUCGCUGCAUUACGAGGGUCGUGCGGUAACCAUUGCCACCUCCGAUCGCGAUCAGUCCAAAUACGGCAUGCUAGCCCGUUUGGCCGUGGAGGCCGGAUUCGAUUGGGUCUCCUAUGUCAGCCGGCGCCACAUCUACUGCUCCGUCAAGUCAGAUUCUUCAAUCAGUUCCCACGUGCACGGCUGCUUCACACCGGAGAGCACGGCGUUGCUGGAGAGCGGAGUCCAGAAGCCGCUCGGCGAGCUCUCCAUUGGAGACCGAGUCUUGAGCAUGGAUGCCAAUGGACAAGCCGUAUUCAGCGAGGUUAUCCUCUUCAUGGACCGUAACCUCGAGCAAAUGCAGAACUUUGUGCAGCUUCACACGGAUGGUGGGGCGGUACUGACUGUCACGCCCGCUCACUUGGUGAGCGUGUGGCAACCGGAACGCCAGGAGCUGACAUUUGUCUUUGCGGAUCGCGUUGUGGAACAGAACCAUGUUAUUGUCCGGGAUGCAGAGACGGGGGAACUGAGGCCCCAACGCGUCGUUCAAGUGGGCAGUGUCCGGAGUAAAGGCGUAGUGGCACCACUGACUCGCGAGGGAACCAUUGUGGUGAACUCGGUGGCCGCCAGUUGCUAUGCUGUGAUCAACAGCCAAUCGCUGGCUCACUGGGGUCUUGCACCCAUGCGCCUUCUGUCCACAGUGGAGGCGUGGCUUCCCGCCAAGGACCAGCUGCGCAGUUCGCCAAAGGCAGUGAACCAAGCGGAGCAGCAGAAUGGCAUCCACUGGUAUGCCAAUGCCCUUUACAAGGUCAAGGACUAUGUGCUGCCGCAGAGCUGGCGCCACGAUUGAGGGACACAUUGUAUCCUGAUCCCAACGAUCCUGUAUUGUAUUAUAUCCUGUAGUUAUGUAUAUGCCUAAUGAUUGAUGUAUUUCAAUGUUGAAUAUCGUUAAGAUCCGAUCGAUAAUAUUUAUUACCACAAAAAAAAAAACAAAAUCCACAAAACACCCAACCCCACCCAAAAGCGAUAAAGCAAAGAGCAAAAAGAGAAAGAAAUCAAAAACGAGAACGAAAACACUGUUAAUUGUCCUUGACUUAUUGUUUUUGCAAACAUUUUAGCUAUAAGUAGGCAAUCCUCGGCGAAGAUCCUAAAUUGAGAAAAUCAAUCGGCAAAGUCCCGAAGAACACAGACGACUGUUACUGUAUAUUAUAUAAUGGAAUUGAAUUGCAUAAUUUAUUGAGGUGCGGCGGCGAGUUCAAUCCAUCGGAUAUAAACAUAUAUCGUAAUUUGUAUAUAGAAGAAGCAUUAUAGUGACUGAAUACUUUAUUGUAAUUGUGUAUAUAAUACUUAAUAGUUAACUGCGUAUUUAUACUUAAUAUUUAAAGAAAUAUAAUGAAAUUGUUUGAUAAAUUAAAGUUUGUUUAUAUUUUGAUUUAAUAUUUCUUGAGUAAUGAAAACUGAA